AUGAAUGUUAAUGAUCUAUAUGAUAUUUGUUUGAUGACAAUAUUUGAUAAGUUUGAUGAGCUUGAAGAUCUUCUAAUUAUAUCUCAAGUUUCACCAAGAAACAAGGUAUAUAUAUUACCUAAACCUCAGAAUAUCUACACGAAAAGUUAUAAAUUCAUGGAGAAUAUCAAUGUUGCCAGUAUUUCCGAACCUCAAGGUAAAGCCCAACAUCAUGUUGACCUGGACCAGGAAAUAGUUAAACACUGUGGUAAUCUUACUCGACUUUUGGUGAACGAUCCUAAAUUUCUUGAUCUCUUUUUCAAUAAAUAUAAAUUCGGUGCUAAGUUGAAAAUGUUUGGUGGAUUUUGUGGAUCUAAAAUAGGUACUUUCAUCACUUAUGCUAAUCGAAUGCCGAAUCUUAAAAAACUUUAUUUACAAGAUAAGGAAGUUACAGAGAACUUCCAGUUUCCAAGCUUUGGUUACAAGUUUCCAGGAGUAGAAGAAUUAACUCUAGCCUCAGGUAGUAAUUAUCUCUUUUACUCUCGAUGGUCAUCGCGCUUUCCUGAUUUAAGAGAUUUACAUAUUGCUUACAUCGAUUAUGAUUCUGGAAAAUUUGGUAGUUUAGCAGAAUCAAUUCCUAAAAGUAAUUAUAAUGUUCGAAAAGUCUUUCUCAAUUUUACCGAUUAUACAAUCCUAGAGAGGUCAAGCACGUCAUGUAAUGAAAAUUACAUUUCGAUAUCCUAA